AUUCACUCUCUUCUUAUCCCCUUCCUCCGAGCCCUAUAUAUGCACUCUCCUCCUCCUAAACGCCACAGACGUCAAUCGCAGUCGCAAGACGCAGAGUGAGCCGAUCGCGAUCCCUCGCCAAACAGCCCCCCAAGCGUAAUCAACGAUGCAGACGGUGUCGGUGUACGAGAACAAGAACACGGUGGUGCUGAAGGCGGAGCACCGGGGCGAGGAUGGCGCGAAACGGAUCGAGAGAUUCGAAUUGAAGACUCGGAAUCCAGAGACGAUCAAGCACAUGGAGCGUAAGCUGAUGGAUCAAGGUGUCCAGCGAAUGGAGCGUCACCCGGUGGACGGAAUCCCACUGAAGCGGCCGCCACCGAAGUCCGGCCACGGCGGCAAGUUCACGUGGGAGGGUCCCGGCGGCGUCGCCGACUACGAGCUUUAUCCUGAUCCGCCGGCGAUGGACAAGGGAGAUCCGAACUACUACGACGAGGAGGAGGAGGUGACGGCGAAGAGAGUCGGAGGUGAUGACGUGGCAGCGGAGCGUGUGAGAUGUGGGGUUGAUCGUGUGUGAUUGUGAAGGAAAGGGGCACGAGUUGAAGAUAGGAGGAAAAUGUGGGGUGGGAUUUUAAUUUAUGGUUUUGUGCUUUGAAUGUGUUUUCUAUGAAAUGAGGGGCAUUGGUUGUAAAUUUGAAUAAUCAAUGUUUUAAAUGUAAUGCGACUCUUUUUUUUUUGUAAAUAAAUCCUUAAAAAAAGACAAUUUGUUA